AUGGUCAGCGACUUUAUACACGACGCCUUUGCCAGCGCGUGGGACGCUGCUGCUGCGGUGCCGCAGCCCGAGGGGAUGGACGACCGCACGCACGCCUUCGCCAAGCGCGCCGCUGCAGAGGCUGCGCUCAAGCGGGCGCUGGGCGGGCUGGGGCUCAACGUGCAGGGGCUGACGCUGGGGCCCCCAGAGGGGGAUACCGACCUUGCUGCGCUGGCCGGCCCGUUGCAGGUUCCGUGA